ACCGAAUAUGUGAGGGAUGUAAAGGAUUACAAGGAGAAAUGUCAGUGUUACAGAUUCUUGCAAAUUAACAAUCAGAGUGAAGACAAUCUGUGGAAUUAGACACAAGUGCCUCCAGCACUGUUGGUCACCCAACCCUCCUGAGUGUGACUCGUCCCCACGACGUCACAAAUGCGACCAUGGGAAAUAGCUGUGAAUAGGCGGCCACCAACAGCCCCCUUAAAUCAGAGGAGGUUUCUUGGGGAGCCCUGCAACACCCCUGUGCAUCUCAGGAGAAGUCCUCCAGUAAGACGGCAGUGGGGACAGCGAGACAGACCUUUACUGCACAGUUCCUUUCAUCAGGAUGAGAACUUCCACGUUCCCCUCUACUCACAGCAUCAGCAGCAGGUUCCUUUAGAUGAGUCCAGACAAUACAGCCACACCAGUGCUCCUCCUCGUAUGCUCCAUCCCGUCACACAUCCUCCUCAGCAAAAUUCCAUCAUGGUGGAUCUUCAUGAACAGAUGCACCAAGGAUCAGUACCAAUAUCAUACACAGUUACCACGGUGACGACCCAUGGUUUUCCCAUCCACACCGGGCAACCUAUCCCAGCGUGCAACACUCAGCAGCUCCCAGCAUGCUCGGUAAUGUUCAGCGGACAGCUCUCUCUGCUCUGCUGCCUUCCUCCUCCUCUCAUUCAAGCAUGUACAAUGCAGCACUUGCCAGUGUCUUACCAGGCCUUUCCACCACUGAUCUCCAGUGAGCAUUUUUUACUGCACCCUUCUCCACCUGUGCCGCCCCACCAGCCACCUCACCUUGCUCCACUGAGCCAGUUUGUUCCUUUACAGCCUCAACACCCGCGCAUGCCUUUGCAAAGGGUGGAGAAUGAAGUUGACCUGAGAGGGGAGCAGCAUCCUUUGGGAACUUUCUCUUAUCCUCCUACCCAUCAUCCACCAGCAAUGCCUCCGUCUGUUCCUCUCCAAUACCUUCCUCAAGAACCCAUACACCAAGAGCUACCCUUUGGAGUGCCAUACCCUCAUGUGCUGCCACGGCGUGUGAGCGGACAAAGAUACAGGUUACAGCAGCCUUUGCCCCCACCGCCACCUCCUCCACCAUACUACCCAGGCUUCUUACCGUACUUCCUCUCAAUGCUUCCAGUGCCUCCAACUGCAGUGGGCCCAGCUAUUAGCUUGGACCUGGAUGUAGAUGAUGUGGAAAUGGAAAACUAUGAGGCAUUAUUAAACCUUGCUGAGAGGCUUGGAGAGGCCAAACCCAGAGGACUUACUAAAGCUGAUAUAGAGCAGCUUCCAUCCUACAGGUUCAAUUCAGAGAAUCAUCAAUCAGAACAAACUUUGUGUGUUGUAUGCUUUAGUGAUUUUGAGUCGAGGCAGCUACUUCGAGUAUUACCCUGUAACCAUGAAUUUCAUGCAAAGUGUGUGGACAAAUGGUUAAAGACUAAUCGCACUUGUCCAAUCUGUCGAGCCGACGCAUCUGAAGUUCACCGGGAUGUCGAGUGAGUCCAGGCUUUAAGUCCUUCAUUGGAAAGCAGCACAAAUCCUGGAGUCUGUUCUGCGAUGGGGACAUCUGCCACCUGACCUGUGCUCUCAAGCCAAACGCAAACCAACCGCCCACUCCCAUCCCACCUCAACAAUAAGCAAUCUUGGAUUUUGUAUGGAACCUGUUUGACCUCUGCUGUGCAUCAUCGUGUGAGUUUAAUGAAAGCUACUGCCUACUAUAGCCACCUAGAGUUCUGGAAUUGUACCCCUGUUUCUUUUCCGCCCUUGUUUUUGCAGAUUCCAAAGAUUUAAUGUGUAAUAUGUGUUGUGUUGGCAUAUUUGUUUACACAAUUGAAUAUUAUCUAGCUGUUUUGAUCUUUCUUCACAAAUUAUUCAAGUUGUGCUUUAGUGGUGUGUGGGAGUAUUGGAGUGGACCACGAUGAUACUUGGAUUUGGCUAACUGUGCAAUCAGACGAGUAAUAAGAAGACUUAAACAAUGGUUUGUCCAAGCAAAGCCGUUCGUUGGCUUGGAGGAAAUGGUUUGACCAUCAUAGAUGCAUGUUUGUAUAGGUGAUGGGCUAAGCGACUUGUUAAUAAUGUAUGUUUUGCAAUAAUGUAUUGAUGAUUUCAAUAUCUCUAUCCCAAUGCUCUUUUUAUCUGCGAAUGCUUUUGUGAAAGUAUGACUUGCAGUGGUUUAAAGUUAUGAAUCUCUGAGGCCUGAGGUUGAAAGGGAAAAUAAGGACUGCAAAUGACGGACAUGCAUCUACUGGAAAUCUCCCCUUUUGCUUUCCACUCAAAGAGAAAAAAACAAACAAACAAAAAAAAAAGACAUUGACAUUGAGGACACGUUCUGUGGCAAGGACAAGGGACAUUGCUUAUGAGUUUCCAAGGUCACUCUGGUGAAGGGCACUCAGUCUGGCCCAGGCAAACACAGGGAGGAGGACAGCACACUGCCUCUUGCCAGUAUCACCUGGCCACACUGCACAACUACCACAACCUCUACACUCGCCAAACCUCUCUGGCAAAACCGUCUGCAUCUGGCCCCAUCACAGAGCUGUCUCUUUGGAUGACGGCUAGAUCCAGGAGAACACCGCAGGAUUUGCAUGGACUGUUCUUUUAGACUAGCAAUAUUUUAAUCAACAAUUUCCACCACAUUUAAACAAUUAGACACAAGUAAAAAAAAAAACAAAAACAAAAAAAAAAACAAAAAACAAACAGGAAAAAAAAAACAAA